CAGCUUGCCACUGGCCGCCUUCUUCCCUGCUGCUGGCAGUGCUGGGGCUGGCGAACGGGAGCGCUCGGCGCGAGCUAGCGCGCGCAGCUGCUCCCGCUCCCGGGGUUGGGCUCGCGGUUGCAAAGGGACCCCGCCGCCACGCUUUCUCUUAAAGGCACAGGCGGAGGCGAGGCGGAGCGGCAGCCUGCUGCGGGCUAUGUUGGGGAUCAGCGGGGAGCUCUGAGUGCGGGAGCGGCUGCGAUGGCUUCCAAACUCCUGCGAGCCGUCGUGCUGGGUCCCCCCGGCUCUGGCAAAGGGACCGUGUGCCAGAGAAUUGCCGAGAGCUUCGGGCUCCAGCACCUUUCCAGCGGGCACUUCUUGCGGGAGAACAUCAGGGCAAAGAGCGAAGUUGGUGUCUUGGCAAAGCAGUAUUUAGAGCGAGGCCUUUUGGUACCGGAUCAUGUCAUCACCAGUGUCAUGAUGAUGGAGCUGGAGAAAAAGCAGUCUCAGCAUUGGCUACUUGAUGGUUUUCCUAGGACACUGAUGCAAGCUGAAGCACUUGACAGAAUCUGUGAACUGGAUCUAGUGAUCAGUUUAAACAUCCCAUUCGAGACGCUAAAAGAUCGUCUAAGCGCUCGUUGGAUUCACCCAGCUAGUGGAAGAGUGUAUAAUAUGGAGUUCAACCCACCUCAUGUACAUGGGAUCGAUGACAUCACAGGUGAACCAUUAAUCCAACGGGAAGAUGAUAAACCUGAUGCUGUUGCUGCUAGGCUAAGAAAAUACAAAGAUGCUGCAAAGCCAGUAAUAGAAUUAUAUAAGAGCAGAGGUGUCCUACACUCAUUUUCUGGGACAGAGACCAACAAAAUCUGGCCUUAUGUUUACACUCUGGUUUCCAGCAAGAUCCGGCCUGUCAGUUCCAAAGAAGCUGAUUAACCAUCUUAUGUAGAGGAUCAAGAAUUUAAUAUGGUUGUUCAGUUUGUUUCUCUGUGCCGUAUUGGUGCUGUGCCCAGUUAGAGGAUAGUACAAUGUCUAGAACAACUUCUUGGGUUUACUGGAGUUCUGGAAAUGCAGUUACAGCCAGCGUCAGGGUGGAAAAGAACUUUCUGUAAAAGGUGAAGUCUGCUGGAAUAAAUUUUAGUUUUCAUGCUAUAAAGUAUUGCUGAUGUGAUCCAGGAACCCUAAUCAAUGAUGCAGACUUAGAGAUACUCUUUGUCAAAAGCGACAAAGAGUCCCGCGGCACCUUGUAGACUAACGGACGUAUUGGAGCAUAAGCUUUCGUGGGUGAAUACCCACUUCGUCAGAUUCUCAAACUUCACAUGCGUCUGACGAAGUGGAUAUUCACCCAUGAAAGCUUAUGCUCCAAUACGUCUGUUAGUCUAUAAGGUGCCACGGGACUCUUAGUCUGGAUCUGUAAAAAGCGACAAACACGGCUACCCCUCUAUACUCUUUGUCAAGUCUCUCUAACCUGUCAUGGUUCCCUCCCACCUACUCCCAAAUCCAUGUACAUAUGCAACGUACUGCUCCAUCGCUCCACAACACCCUUUUUCUUUUCUCUGAGAAAUAAAAACCCUACAUGCAGACUUUGACCUCAUGGGGAAUCAGUGAGUAACGUGGAAAAUAUUUACACUGAGAAGCUCAAAUGUGAAGACAACACUUCCAGUAUUAAUAAACAUAGAAAAAGAAAAAAUCCUGGGGGUUAAAUAUAUACUUGUGCUGUCCUCCAAAAAAAAAAAAAAUGCUGCUAUAUGAUCUAGUUUUCACUAAGUGGUAUGAUAUAUGCCAACCAAUAGACCAGGAAACUGAGUAGGCCUAAGUUUGUCCAUGAGAAAUGAGUUGCACUAGUUUGUGCUUCAGUUGUUUAUAACUUUAACACUACAAGAGAUGGGCAUAGCGUAUUAGUUUGUCCCAAAGAUUUAUUCUAAUGUGUCUCUUCUUUUUUGUAAUUUCUCUGGAAAAAGUUCAUUGUAUCUAUUCUGCCCUAUAACUGAGGUUCUUUCUUUUCUCAGUAUACAGGGGCUGUUCUGGGGAGAAAUACCCUUAGCAAGGGAUUACUUUUUCACAUAAUAGUGGAACACUUUAGGGUCUGGUCUUUCAGGUCUUACACAGACACAAUUCUCAUUGACAUCUGUGAGAGUUAUGCACAUGUGUUGGAUGGCAAGAGUGGCAACCAAUUGGUGGUAUUUAAGCACUUUGUGAAUCCAAAAGCAAAUUGUUUAUUCUUGUACAUUCCUUGAUAGUCAGGCAAAACUGACUCUGUUACUUUCUGUACGCAUUUGUUAUUGUAGCUGUGUUGGUCUCAGGAGAUUAGAGAGACAAGGUGGGGGAGGUAAUAUCUUUUAUUGAAAGUUGGUCCACUAAAAGAUAAUGCUUCAUCUGCCACCUUGUCUCUGUUACUUUAUGCUCAGUCUAGUCUUGUGCUUGAGGUUAAGUUCAGUUAAGCAUGCAGCUAAUCUAAAAACACUGCUCAGCUUCUUGCCAGAAACCUUUCCAAGCACUGAAUAAAAACACUGCAUUUUUCUAGAGGUGUCUCGAUUUUUAUAUAGGCUUUUUUCUCUGUUCAGAUUUUUAGUUUCUGGUUACAGCUAAUGGAAUGGGAAAGCUUUACUGUAUUUUUUUUUGUCCUCUGUAGACAUUAAUUUCCAGUUUACAGCUACAGCUGCAGUGAUCUGAAACAUUUUGAACUACUAGUGAUUCUUUUUUUAAUUUGUGGGAGGAAAUAUUCCUGGAUUGACAAUAUUACAUGUGAAUGAAUUGUUGUGAACAAACACCUUUAAGGUGUAUGCAAUCUCUUCCUCCGUUUCCUUUGUUCCUAUUUUCAUGUGUUGAGUCAUGAAGCUAGGUGUACUGGUGUCUUUUCUAAACUGGGAUUACUGUAAGUUUGUUUGACUUGAUCUUUAAUACUUACAGUACCUAAUUAACAGGGGGUGUGAUUUACCUCGUAAAGCCAUGUCUCCUCAAGUUGCCUUAUUUUAUAAGCUAUUUAAGAAAAAACAAGAUGUGUAUUUUUGAGAAAUAAGAAGCUGAAUUUUACAGAAUAGCCUUUAGAGAACUCUUUACCAAGCUGUUUCAGUCGCAUAGCUUGCUACAGUCCACAUUAUUAUCAGUAACCAACUAGAAGAGCUACCUCCAUAUUACAAGAGACCAGUGGUUUUCAAACUUUUUUUUUUUUGCAGCCCAUUUCAAAAUUGCUGAGGGUCUCGGGGACCACUUAAUGAACUUUCCAAAUGUUGCUCGUACCGUUAGCUAACUAUUGUAAAGCGCUUUGGAUAAAAGCACUACAUAAAAAACCCCUUAAUAAUAAUUUAACGUUUUUAUUCUACAAAUAAAAGCACACAGCUCAUAUUUUAAUAUCAGUCUUACCUUUCUAAUGUGAUGGAUUUGCCCUCUCUCUCCCACCACA